CUUUGUAGUAAUAAAUUUGAUUUUGAGACUAUUAUUCCUUGAAAAUGGUCAAAAAAAAAUUGGGAAAAGCUAAACAAACCAAGAAUAAGUCUGCACGGAAUAACAGGAAAGCGAUACAAACUGAUUUUAUUGAAGAAAUCGAUGAUUUUAACGAAGAAGACGAAGUCGAACAAGAAGACUUMGAGUUUUAUCAAAAUACUGACAGAAGUUUAGAGUUUCUAACACAUCUAACCACUGACUCAAAUAUAGAAAAUGGAGAAGUUGGUAGAAAAAGAAAAAGAAAGAAAAUAAUAGAUAAAGAAAAUGAAGAAGACUAUGAAAAGCAACCUCGUUUAUCUCAAGAAGAUGCACUUGACCAACAUGUUCUCUUGCCAAUUAAAAGUCAAAAAGGAGUCAUUCAAAGACUAGGGAGUAAACCAGCUUCACAGGAUGACAAUGAGAUCAAAGCCACUGAAAACAAAGAGAAUAAAGAAUCUGAAGGAAAGAACAAUGAAGCAAUGCCUAUGGAAUGUACUCCAUUAAGUGUAAUUGAAUUAUAUGCAAGACGGCAACAGAAGCUCAGUCAACGUAAAGUUAGGAUUGCUGAACUGUCCAAUGCUGUCAUCCAAAAUCCAGAAGAAAAUGUUCCACAGUUAAAAGAACUUUGUUCUUAUUGUGAAGAAAAUGAUGUUGAUAUUAGGAUUACCACCAAAAAACUGGCURUAGUGUCCUUACUUGAAGUCUUCAAGGAUAUUGUUCCAGGUUAUACUGUCCGCUUACCAACUGAAAAAGAGAAAGAAGCAAAGGUUUCCAAAGAUAUCAGGAAGAUACGGGACUUUGAGGAAGGGUUGUUAAUCACUUAUCAGAAGUACCUACAGAUACUAGAAAAGAUGGCACAAGGAUCUUCUGUAGGAUCCUYGAAGAAACGAAGAUCAAAUGGAGAUUUUAGCAAAAAUCACUCAGAGGGUUUGGUGCAGUUAUCUGUCCAGUGCAUGUGUGAUUUACUCGUUACCUUGCCACACUUUAACUAUCGUAAUAACCUUAUCACRGUAUUAGUACCAUGGAUGAAUGAUUCCUCUAUGGAUAGUCAGAUUUCUAAGCUCUGUUGUGAAACCUUUUCCAAACUUUUCAAGCAGGAUAAAGUUGGAGAAGUAUCUCUCGAGGUAACUAAAGUGAUCAGCAAGUAUGUGAAAACUCGAAGCUACAAAGUCAAGCCAUGUGUGUUGAAGGUGUUUCUGUCACUAAAGAUAAAUGACAUGGAUGUACUGUCGUUAAGAGAAAGCAAAGAAGAAACCAAAAAUGACAAAAUGAAAGGAAAAAAUAAGAGGGAUAAAAUCAUGAAGGCAAAGAUGUCCAAGAAGGAAAGAAAGAGGCAAAAAGAAAUGAAAAAGCUGGAAAAAGAACUCCAGGCUACACAAGCUGUUGAAGGACAGGAGAAAAGAGCAAAACUGCAAACUGAGAUACUCAAGCUCGUGUUUGCAACAUAUUUCCGAGUGCUGAAGAACAGAGCGCAGUCAUCUCUACUGUCCCCCGUUCUUGAAGGGCUGGCCAAGCAUGCUCAUCUCAUUAAYGUGGAUUUCUUUGCUGAUCUAAUGACAGCAUUACAGGGACUUAUCAAUAAAGAGGAGCUUUCUGUUACUGACAAGCUAAACUGUGCUUUAACAGCCUUCAAGAUUCUCUCUGGACAAGGUGAAGCACUGAAUAUUGAUCCCAGAGGAUUCUAUUGUACACUUUAUAAAACUCUUGUACAGCUAGAUGCAGGUGUGAAUAAUGCAGAUGUUUUAACUGGUCUAAAGUGUUUGGAUGUUAUGAUGAAGAAAAGAACAAAACAGAUACCUAUUCAAAGAGUUUCUGCUUUUGCAAAGCGUCUGUCCACAACCAGUUUACAUGUGAUGCCCAAUAGURCACUUGCUCUUUUAGCAUUUGUCAGGAUAUUCUUACAGCUGCAUCCUCGAUGUCAAAACUUGUUGGACAGUGAAACAAUGGGAACAGGUGCAUUCAGACCUGACUUAGAUGACCCAGAGCUGUCUAACACAGACAGCACUACAUCAUGGGAGCUGUCAAGUUUAACAAGCAGACAUUACCACCCUACUGUCAGAAUGCUAGCGGGACAUGUAGUACAGGGUUCAUCAAGCAAAGGGGUUGGUUCUACUUUAACACGAAAGCAACCAGAGGAACUAUUCAAAGCCUUUGAUUGUUCAGAAAUGAAACUGAAUCCAGACAUGUCAGACAUCACUAUGGCAACCAAACAUGCAAACAAGAAGACAAAAAUGAUUUUCAAUGAUGAUAACUGGAAAGAUUCAUGUAUUGAGGUAGCUGUUAAAAAUACUACAGACUUUGUGGUUAAGACUGAACAACAAGUUCAAUUCAAAUUUUCAUCUCUAGACAAGAGGUAACUUUAUCAUGUUUGAUAAUAUACUUCACAAGUUUGUAUAUUUUAAUAAAACAAAGCUAUUCAACUUU